AUGGCAAAAUCUACAGGUCUAGAUAAGAUCUCAACUAAGCUAAUAAAACAAGCAGGCGAUACAAUAACUGAAUCACUCCUAGAAGUGUUUAACCUAUCUCUUAGGACAGGAAUAUUUCCAGAUGAUUGGAAAUUUGCCAAAGUGACUCCAAUAUAUAAGUCAGGAAACAAAACCUUAUGUGAAAACUAUAGACCGAUAUCAGUCAUUUCGAAUAUCGCCAAAAUAUUUGAGAAAUUAGUCUGUAGACAACUAAAUACCUUCCUGGAUAACAACAACAUAAUUGUAAAAAAUCAAUCAGGUUUCCGUCGCAAUCACUCAACCGAAACCUCGUUACUACAAUCUACUGAAAUGUGGUUGAAAUCAAUGGACCAGGGUCAAAUAAAUGGGGUUAUUUUCUUAGACCUGAAAAAAGCAUUUGAUACGAUUGAUCACCAGAUUCUAUUGUCAAAACUACAAGCUUAUGGGAUACGCGACCGCACGCUCAAAUGGCUCCAAUCGUAUUUAGAUCAAAGAAAGCAAAUUUGCAUGCUAAAUAACUGUAAAUCUGAUAUUGAAACAAUUCGUUGUGGAGUACCUCAGGGUUCAAAUCUUGGACCUCUAUUAUUUCUCAUUUACAUAAACGACCUCCCAAACUGCCUAGAAACAACACACUCUAAUUUAUUUGCUGAUGACACAAUUUUAUCAUUUCAAGGGCAUUUAUCCAUAGAUAUUGAAUACAAACUUAACAAAGACCUAGUAAAUGCUCAAAAAUGGUUAUCAGCGAAUAAACUAACAUUAAACAACGAAAAAAACAAAUAUAUGAUUAUUGGAUCUCAGCAACGAUUGAAAAACUUAGAUCACGUGCCAAAAAUCAGUAUAAGCGGACAUCAAAUUGAACGAGUUUAUAAAAAGGAAGCUUUGGGUAUAGUUAUAGACGAUAGACUUAGCUGGAAUAGGCAAAAUGAAGAACAAUGCAACAAGAUAUCAAAAAAUAUUAAUCUUUUAAGAAAAGCCAAAGAUUAUGUUGGCCUAGAUACGCUCAAAAUUAUGUAUAACGCAUUAGUCGCGCCUCAUUUUAACUACUGUUCAACUGUUUGGCAAAAUAACAACCAAACACACUUAGACAAAUUAUAUAAGCUUCAGAAACGAGCAGCAAGAAUAAUAACAAAUUCGGACUAUACUAUAAGAUCUUCGGACAUUUUUCAAAAACUUAGCUGGAAACCUGUUGACUUAGUUUUGAAAAAGCAAGAUCUGCUUAUGACAUUUAAAGCGAUUAAUGGCAUGCUUCCAGAAUACGUAACACAACUAUUUCACACUUGUGAAAACAAUGGUUACGUACAGCGCAGUAGUAAUUUAAAGCUAUCUCAACCUAAACCAAAAACGAAUUUCUUGAAAAAUAGCUUUUCGUAGAGAGGAGCAGCGUAUUGGAACAACAUCCCAGUAAACUUGUUGAAAACCCUAAGAAAAUCAACAAGUUUAAAAUCUGUCCAUCAUCUAUUAAAUAAUUACAUCUUGUAAAUAAGUAAAUAAGUAAAUAAGUAUAUUUUGUAAAUAAGUAUAAUUUAGUUUAUUAGUUCCUUCUUUUAUAAUGCAUUUAUUUUCCGCACGGCCCUUUGAAAAUCACCUAUGUGAAAGGUUACCGUGUUUAAAGAUCAAUAAUAAUAAUAAUAAUAAUAAUAAUAAUAAUAACUUCGACGACCCGUUUGAUUAGGAUUUGACGGGAAAACAAAAUAUUAUAUGAAUAUUUCAUAUAAUAUAAAAGAAAAGUCUUAUUUGACGACCACUAGAUUCUAGGAGUCAUAAACAUCUUAUCGAAAACUUCAUGGGAUAAAAAAAGAGAGAUGAAAGUGUUAUCGUUAAGGAAUCCUACGUUGAUCGGAGAUAAUGAAAUUGUCACCGUCCGUCCGACAGUGGUAAAAUUUAUUUCGCGGCGAGGGAAUUGGCGCUUACACUUGGAUACGUAAACACGCGCAGUGUUGUCGGAAAUCACACGAGAGAAAGACAGAGGAUUACACUUGGGGAACUAAGGGGGUCCGGAAUCAGGACCCCCUUUGCCGACACGCCAGAAGGUAUGCAACCCAACAAGGUGUUUGUUACCGAAGCCGGUUUCUACAGUCUUGUACUCGGUUCUAGAUUACCCACUGCUAGGGAAUUUCAGGAUUGGGUAUGCGAGGACGUUCUUCCAUCCAUUCGGGAAACUGGAACGUGUACGUUACCGGGAGUUGUAAAUGAUAUCAAGGGUAUUGAAGAUGAAGAACUACGCCGUCUUGCCGACAUCGAACGGAUGGAAGCACGUCACGAAUUAGUUCGUAAGGGAAAACUCGUGAAAGAUUCAAAAGCUGUUUCACGUGGGAAAAAAGGUGGAUUAGCCGCACAGGAAAAAAUCAGACAGACUGAAAAAGAAUUGGAGGGAAAGGAAUUCAAAGUCUACGAACAAGAAAAAGAGAUUACAAAACUUAGGAUCAAAGUAUCAUGUCUGAAGGUCGAAAUAGACGUACUCGAAGAAGAAAAUGAAAGACUUGCUGAGGAAAUGAACGAACUUGUGGAUACGAAUAUUGAACUCACAGAAGAAGUAGAGAAAAUGAAAUCCGAGAAGACAACAUAA